AUGACAACAACAGUAUAUGGAGGAGAUGAAAUCAAUGCUAUAGUUCUUGAUCCAGGAUCAUAUACAACAAGAAUAGGAUAUGCUGGUGAUGAUUUCCCGAAAAUAAUCACUUCAUCAUAUUAUGGACAACAACAACAACAAGAAGUUGAAAAUGAGACCAAUCAUCAAAGAAAAAGAGUUUUUGGUGAAUCAAUUAAUGUACCAAGAUCAAAUUUUGAUAUUAAACCUAUAUUAAAAGAAUCAAUAAUUAUUGAUUGGGAUGCAGCUAUUGAACAAUAUCAAUAUUAUUUUAAUCAACAAUUAAAAAUUAUUGAAUCAGAACAACCAAUUUUAAUAACUGAACCUAUAUGGAGUAAAACAAAUUAUCGUCAAAAAUUAAUUGAAACAUUUUUAGAAAAUUUUGAAUUUAAUGGGAUUUAUUUAGCUAAAUCACCAACUUGUAUAUCAUUUCAACAAGGUCGAUCUAAUUGUUUAGUAGUUGAUUUAGGUCAUGAUUCAGUACUGAUUACUCCAGUAAUUGAUGGGAUUUGUUUAUUAAAAAAUUCUAUGAAAACUAAUUAUGGAGGUAAAUUUUUAUCAAAUGAAAUUCAAGAUUAUUUAAAUUCAUUUGAUAAUAAUAAUAAUAAUAAUAAUAAUAAUAAUAAUAAUAAUAAUAAAAUUAUUAUAGAACCAAGUUUUAAAAUUAAAUCAAAAUUACCAACUAUUUAUCCUGAUUCACCAAAAUAUCAAAUUAAAAAUAAUUUACCUAAUAAUAUAACUAAAUCAUUUCUUGAAUAUCAAAAUGAAAAAAUUUAUCAUAAUUUUAAAGAAAUUUUAGAAGUCCCAGAAAAAGGUUAUAGUACCACUAAUAAUAAUAAAGAUUCAACAAGAUUAUUUGAAUUACCUACAGGUCAAUCUAUUAUUAUUGAUAGAUUUAAAAUUUCUGAAUCAAUAUUUGAUCCAACAAUUUAUAAAUUCACUAAUUCUAAAUUAUCUUUACUUUAUCCACCUAAUAAUGGAGAAUUAUCAAUUUCUCAAGUUAAUGAAUAUCGUCCACUUAAAAGAAUUCGGAAAAAUGAUGAAGAUGGUGGUCAAGAAGAAGAAGAAAUAACAGAAAAUCCUUCUUCUUAUUCUUCAAAUAAAUCUACUCCAAAUCCACAACAAAUUACUACUACCAAUAAUAAUAAUAUUAGAGGAAUUUCUCAAUUAAUUUCUCAUACUUUAUCUAAUAUAGAUAUAGAUUUAAGAGCAUCAUUAGCUAAUAAUAUUAUAAUUACUGGUGGUGUAUCAUUAAUUUCUCAAUUAACUGAAAGACUUUAUUAUGAAUUAUCAAAUAAUAAUCCCGGAUUAAAAAUUAGAUUACAUGCCGUUGGGAAUUCAACAGAAAGAAUAAAUCAAGCAUGGAUUGGUGGUAGUGUAUUAGCUUCAUUAGGUACAUUUCAUCAAAUGUGGGUAACAAAAGAAGAAUAUAAUGAAGUUGGUGUAGAUAGAAUAUUAAAUCAAAGAUUUAGAUAA